AGAAGAACCGGAAGUCGGGCUGGGCUGAGCCCCUCAAAGCCCACCAUCAGCAAACUACUUCUCCACAGAGGCUCUAUCUACCUCAAGGCUUGCUUAGGUUUAGAGGGUUAAUCUUUGCUCAUUAUAGUAGGGAGCAGACAAUCCUGAUGCUGGAGCCGUAGUUAAAAGCUUUACAACUUGAUUCACAGGCAGCAGACAGAGAGACACUGGACCGGAUGUGACUUUGGAAACCUUAGAACCCACCCCCAGAGACCCACCUUCUCCAGUAAGACCACACUUCCUAGUCCUUCCCCAACGGUUCUACUAACUGGGGGCUAAGCAUUUAAACAUGUGAGCACAUGGGAGCCAUUUUCAUUCAAACCACCACCGUCCCCAAUUGAAAUUCAUGGGGAGUUACACUGUGCAUGCUCUGAGCUCACUUCUAGGAGGACUGGCAGCUUUCCGAUUAGGUUCUUGGAGCUCUAAGAGGCCACAGAGAGAAGCUCUGGGACUCCAUGGAUUAGUAUUGGGCCACCUGUCGUCAUUCUUCCUCCUAGCCAUCAUGUCACCAAGCUGGUGCGAAGGCCCUGUGGAUCCUCCAGGCCACCUCAUGAACCUAGUCACCAGUCAUCACACGGAGGACAGCCAUCCAGCUGAAUUCUGCCCAAAUGAUUUACCCAUGAAAUGGGAUUCACGAGGUUCACACAUAUCUCAAACCUCAUCAGAGAAAUUUCUAUUUGCAGUAGACAGUGAUCAACGCAGAUACUUGCAAAUGGUCAAGGGGAAUCCAAGAAGGGCAUGUUGGUCUGGAUGCGAAGAUGCUUCCCUUCGUGUCUGUAAAACAGAGAAGACCGUCAGUGCUCACGAGUCGGGACUGCCGACGUGUCCCUCGGUGACCCACGGCUGUUAGAGGACCACUCUGAUCAGAGCAUUCAUCUUCUGGUCCUGAGACCUCCCUCCUGCUUCCCCGGAGUCUUUCUCUGUGAUCUCGUCUUUCUCUUUUCAUGUUCUACUUUCAUAAAGGAAUAAAGAUAGAAUAUUUAAAUUUAAAAAAAAACCCCACAAAGAUACAGUAUUUAAAAGGAGCACGCAGCCUAACUGUAGUUCCAUUUUUGGGUCUGAGUGACAAGAGCCCCCGUUUGCCUGGCUUGUCCUCUCUCUGUGUAUGCUGCUUCCUCUUGGGACCACACAGGAGCAGUGACUUUGUAGCAACUAGAAUUUAUAUGGUAAGGAUCCAGUGUCCAAGACAUUUGCCUCUCAAAUGAUAAAUAUCUUUCUACAUUCAAAGAGCUGUGUCUAUGGAAAUAAUAUCUAUGGUUAAGCUUCAUCAACAUCAAUUACAUAAUGCUUAGGAAACCCUCGCAUUAACAGUAUAUACGAAGAUCCCUUCCUCCCCCAGCAGUUGAAUCUAUGUUAUGCUGUUAACCCAAGUCUUCCCUGACCUACCUCUGGCUUCUUGGUUUGGUUUCUCCUUGGGAGGGCAUCAGGUCAUGGGUGUCUUUUACCUCUAUGUCUUAUGUGCUUGCUUCUUUGUGUUGUUCAUGAAAUGGUACUGAGUAGGGAGACACAAGGCAUAGCCAAGACAUUAUCAUGCCCAGACCAGAAGUCUCUAGAUUUCCAAGUAUGUCAAUAUCUUCUCCAAAUCUUUCUUCCUACGAAUGGAGCAUGUAGCCAUGGUAACAGCUGAGUAUUGGUGUUAAUAAGAAGUCUUACAAGGAGGAAAAAUUCUUUUAAUGUAAAGGUAGCACUGUGACUUAUUUAUUUAAAUCAAUUAUUCAUUCCCUUAUUAAAUGAGUUUUCAAGCUGC